AACUACCUGCAACCUAACAUGGAGCGCAAAAUUCCUGACUUCGCUGGCACUUGGGAGAUGAAGAAUUCUGAAAACUUUGAGGAGCUCUUGAAGGCGUUGGGUGUAAAUGUGAUGCUGCGUAAGAUUGCUGUGAAAGCAGCCUCCAAGCCCCUGGUCGAGAUCACACAGGACGGAGAGACACUGUCCAUUAAAACCUCAACAUCAGUGCGGACCACCAACAUCACCUUCACUGUGGGGCAGGAGUUCAAUGAGAGCACGGUUGAUGGACGUCCCUGCACGAGUUUUCCACGUUGGGAGACAGACAGCAAGAUCAGCUGUGAGCAAAUUCUACAGAAAGGAGAGGGGCCUAAAACCUCCUGGACCCGAGAGAUAACCAAUGAUGGCAAGCUGAUACUGACCAUGGGAGCAGAUGAUGUGGUAUGCACCCGAGUGUACGAACGGCAAUGA